AUGCCGUCGCAAGCCACUAGCGUUACGGACUCAUCUGUCGGUCCACAUAGUACCGGUGGUGCACGUAGUGUAGGAAUUUCCGAGCUUGCUGUGCCGGAAUUGGACAGCAACGUCUCUACCGAGGAUUUCUCUAGUGACUACCUAAGCACGUGGACGGCGAGCGGCCUGGAACCGGAUAGUCGAAUAGUAGAGCCACACGAAGAGAUAGCGACCAGCAAUUUGGAUGCCGCCUCUGUUUAUUCCCCAAAUCAUUACCCAGCUCCACCGUUGGCGUAUCGAAUAGAGGAACCGUAUGAGAUUGAUGAAGAUACGCUAGAAGAGGACACGUUAGAUUCGACACGAUCAGUUAACGAACUAGACCUCAACUAUGUCGUGGAACAUGGACGGCGAUAUUGCGGGUCGUAUUAUAUGCCGAACGACGACGAUGAGCAAGUCCGGUUGCAGUUAAUUAAUCAGGUUUAUCUGAAGACGUUCGACGGUGAAUUAACGAGCGUACCUUUAGAAGCGCCGACCCAUAUCUUAGAUAUUGGGACUGGAGUUGGGGAAUGGGCGAUAGAUAUGGCUGAGCUUUAUCCGGAUUGCGAAGUAACGGGAACCGAUAUUGCUAAUAUAUUUGAACGACGCGUUCCUCGGAAUGUUUUCUGGGAAAUUGAUGACGCCGAGAUAGAAUGGGAACGACCGCCGAAUCACUACGACCUAGUGCACCUACGAGAUCUGUCCGGGUCGUUUUCCGAUUGGCAGAAUAUCUACCGAUACGCCUUCGAUUGUAUCAAACCAGGUGGAUGGAUCGAGGUGUUGGAUUUUGACGACCAUAAAGGAAUGUCCAAUUUACAUUCUCUUUUCGACCCCAAUUCGAUCGUGUGCAAGGUGGCAAACGAUCUUGUCGAAGCUUCUAUCAUGCAUGGGAGGCCACACGGCGUUGCUCACCUGGAACCUAGAUUUCUGGUUAAUGCGGGUUAUGUCGAUGUUCAAUUGACCGAGCAUGCUAUUCCCUUAAAAACCGACGAUGGCUCAACGGGGAAGUUUUGGCUUCUGGCCAUGCUAAACGGGGCCGAGUCGGUCUGUUUAAGACUUUUAACUAAAUAUAAGGGGUGGGCGCCUGAGGAAGUUCGUCAAGCUUGCGAUAUAAUCGGCCAGGAAAUGAUGGCGAUGGCACUGAGGCCUAAGAAAUCAAAGAGUUUUGUCGUCAAGGUCCGGGUACUGAAAGGGAGGAAACCAGGUCUACUUCCCCGGUGGUCCAGAGGGCCAUCCCGCGAGCCCAGCCAGCUUAUACAGCAAAAGCUUAUCGAGAUGCUGGAGGAGACUACCGAUGCGGAGGAAAGCCAACCGACAGAUGGAGAAAGCGGAUAUCUUUCUAUGCCAUCCGAGAUGAGAAGCGCCGCACAGAGCACUUCUUUUGCCUCUAGCUUGGAGCAAACACGCCCAACUCGCACAAAGACAGUGUCGGGCACUACCGAGUCAACAGGGUUCUAA